ACAGACUGGUCGACAGACUUGAGCGUGCCACGGAUGGCCAAGUCAUUCUUGAGCUCGACAGUGACGACUUGCUCGGUCAGCGUCUUGAAGACCGAAUAGAUCAGCAUCUUUGAGGUCGCACGAGCAGCUCACCCCAGAGAGAGCCACGCUGGCGAGAAAGAGCGCGACAACAGCAAAGACCUUGGGGAGCCUCAGCCUGUCUCUGUCGCAGGCCGAGUAGUGCGGCAUGGCAGCAGAAGAUGUCAGUGCUACAUCGAUCCAUGUACCUGUAUUGCGCUUGCUGAGCGACAGACGAAAGACCUACGGCUUACGGCACCUCGACUACGACUCCUAUUCACAUCAUCUUUCGGGCCGUAUAGCUCAUCUGCGUUCUGCUACCCAACUCACGCAAGCCACAUCCAAAGGCCGCAAGUUUGCAGCCAAGUCCAUCACGGAUGCACACGUCCAGCGUGAUCAGCGAGCGCUCGAGGUAGUCCUUUGGGAAGCCGAGCGAGCUUGGGCGCGGUAUUGGUCCAUCAUCUCGAGCAAGACCACAGAAAAGGGCAAAGCCAAGCAAAGAUCUCGAGCGAUAUCGCGCUUGAAACGAUCUGUCAAGCAUGCUGCUCACUACGUCGCGCUCGUCGAAGCAGCUUGUGAGCCAAUCACGCGCGUGCAGGCAAGGGCGUACCAUUCCUUCCUCAAAGGAUCACUUGCAAUCGAACAGAACGAUGCAAAGACUGCAUCCAUUCAAUUGGCCCUAUCGAGAGAGUGCUUCGAAACGCUGCUCGGCUCGCAAGCUUCAGACGAUGCCAGACCGCCAGAUGGUCUGCAAGACGAUCACGCACGCGCAAUGGCAGAGGAAUUCCUCGAAGACGUCGAGCCGUUGCAACGCUAUGCUACCGCGCUCGCUUCUCGGGCUGGCUCUCCAGUGCAAGUCACUGAUGAGCUCAAAGAAACACAUUCUCCGGGUCAUGCACAACUGCUAUCGAGAUGCACAACGCAACUGAGAGAGCAGAACAAGGCAGGGAAGAGCGAAGAGGCCGGUCCUGCGAGUAUCGUAUGGAGAGACGACCGUCUGCCUAUCAGAGACCCAGACCUCUCUCGUGCACUUGCGAAAGCACUCAAGAGUAAUGAGGCCUUGACGGCAACCCGUGCUGGCAAAAUCAGCCUGGCAAGAUUCGAUCGCGCUCUUGCCGCUUGGGGCGCAGCGGAAGAGUUUGCAAGACAGCUCGUAGAGGAUCAAGAGACUGCUCUUGCUCGAUCUUCGGGUGCCAUGGGCGCUUCUGCUCGCCUAGAGUCCACACUCGAUUCUUCGCGCAAAGUCAGAGAUUUUGUCGUCUACCAAGUACUCAGCAUUCGGCUAGAAAGAGAUGCUCAGCUAGCCCGAACUCGCUUGGCCAAGACGAGCGUGGUGAGCUCAAAGUCGGGCAAAAGGACGAGAAAGGAAGUGAUGAAGCAAUUGAAGAGCUUGUCGAUCAUCGUCAAGUUGAUCGAUGCCGCACAGCAAUCACUCACCCAUCUAUCGCAAUUAGCACUGAUCGAGGAAGACUUUGCUCUCUCUGCGGAUGCGCAACAUGCCAUCUACUUUGCUCGCGCGGAGAAAGCACUCUUCAUGGCGAAAACGUAUGCUGCGCUCGACCGAUACCCCGAAUCGCUAUCGCUGCUCUCACGCGCAGAGAUUUUCACACGGCAAGCCAAAACGAGCUCAUCACAAGAGGCUGUACAUGCUUCCACAGGCUUCACCACUCGCGUGCUGGUGUACAACCCUGCUUCGUUUGCCUGGAUAGAGAAGGAGAUCCAAGAAGAUUAUCGAAGCGUAACGAGUGACUUCUACACUGCUACAAAGGGCGGCAAAGAGCCAGUGAGCAAUCUGGCCGGCAUGGACGAUCUCACCAUAGAGUCCGAGCAGCCAAAGGGCGAGACGUUCCUCGAUAUCGUCUACAAUUAUGCCUGUCAGCCUAGUCUCACCCCAGCAGCUCCGCAAGACGUUGCGAUGCAAGAAGUCGACAGCGCAUCAGAAACGGUCACAGAACCCGUUGCGUCUGUCACUGCGCCCGUCCAGAAGCAGGCUGGAGGUAUAUGGGGAUUGUUCGGAAGGCGCACGUGAUGACGCUGGUCUAGCCCUCGGCUCAUGUUCGCAUGCAUCGAGCACAAAAAAAGUACUUGUCUGCGACAGGCAAGCAAUGCACGACAUGUCGCUAGACCGAGGCCAUCGGCUUGCAAGCUUCGUCUUAGCUCAUGCGUAGUAUGGCGUGGACGAGAUGGUAGGAC